CCAUUUCCAUAACCUCGAAAAUAACUCAGAGUUUAAUAAAUAAAAUUAUUAAAAAUGACAAUAAAUUUAAUUUUGACAAUUAAAAUUUUUUUAAAUUAAUAAAAAUGUGGAAAUACUGAUAACUGAUAAUGGAAAUUUAGAAAUUAAAGUGAAAGUUUUAAAAAUAAAUAAAAAGCUGUCAGUAUAAAAAAUAAUAAAAUAAAAUGGAAUCAACGGAUCCAAGCCCAGAAGAUCUCCAACGUAAAUUAUAUUUCCUGGUAGAACAAUUGCAAAACAUGGCUGGUGCAUUGCCGUCAAAGUAUCAAAUGCGUCUGCCCUACGAAUUGCUAUCCGGACUAGCAAACUCUCUACUAAACGACACGAUAUUCGAAAUAGUGAAAGGGCUAAUGGAGAUCCAGCACGUCACCGAAAAGCAUUUGUUUCAGCAGCGGCUCCAGCUGCUAAACCAGCAGAAGAUCCAGAUGCAAGAGGCGCUAGCCGGGUUGAACACCGAGGAGGAGAAACUAGCGGCGAAAAUUGCGCUCGAUGAGAAGCAGAAGAAGGAUUUGAAGGCAACAGACAUGAGACUGGUCAUGCAGCUGGACCAGAAAGUCGCCGACCAGCAGAGUAUCUUAGAGAAGGCCGGCGUUCCUGGUUUUUACGUAACGAAUAAUCCUGCAGAAAUCCAAGUGCAAAUGAGACUCUGCGACUUUAUCAUACGCUUAAGUAAAAUGGAAAUUCCCAGAUGAUAUUUAUUUAAUUACUAAUUAAUUAAUUAAUUAAUGCAAUUUUAACAAUAAAACUAUUGUUUUUUUUUAUUUUGAUAAUUAAAAAAUAAACCAUGUA